CUUUACGAGACGAGAACUGAGAAUGGAACUUCUUUAUGGCAAAUGCAUACCAAUCGAAUCGAAAGGACUAAAGUUGGUGAAAAAGCUGCAUUUCGGGACUUGUGUUUGGACUCGGAGGGAUUUCCCAAGAGAAGGCUUUGCAUGGAGCAAUCUGUGUGGCAGCCCCUGGAAAAUUUAACAUGUCAUCGAGGCAGCGAAUCGAAUAUGCAAUUGAAUCAUUUGAUAAAUCAAAUUAAAGCUGGGCAACAUACCCAAAUAGCUGAAUUAAGACGAGAGUUGACCCGAUGGCGUGGACAGCUUUCGCUUAUUGAUGUCUUCAAUAUUGGCAACAUGUUUGCCCAUCUCCAGGAGCAGCUUCAGAGGGAAGCCACACUGGGCCCUGAGUUGGUUGGCAUUUGCCUCGAGGUAAUGGCAAGCAGUGCAAAAGUCUUGAGACGCUCUGCAAAAUUGAAUGCCACCAACAUAUUGCUCAGUAAAUUUGAAGAUUAUAUGGAUACACUGGCUCCAAAAAUGGUUCCCAACGAGAAAUGCUCCAGCAAUAAGACAAUGGAAGCCAAUAAAGGCAACGUUAGUGAAGUGGAGAAUGUAAGCUUUAAUCACCAUGGUGUCCAUAGUCUGAUAAGUGGCAAUCUUAGUGUUUUCUUUGUCAACCCUCAAUGUGAUAAUAUCACUGGAAUAGCCAUUUAUUCAGAGGGUUCUUCUGAUCUCUAUAAGAGUAGCAGUGGAUUCUGGUAUCGCUUCUUGCGAUGGAAUGAGAGCUUGGAAGAGCUUAGACAAGAAACGAAUUUGGAGACAGCAACCUUCAUGCCACAGAAACUUUGGUCGGCCUUGCAAGUGAAAGGUGCGAACUAUGUGGUAUUUAAAGUUUAUUCCCAUGAUAAUCUGUUUGUGGAGACAACAGAGCAACGCAGCCGACGACCUCACAGCAAAGUACUAUCUAUUUCCCUACCUGGGCUGGAAGCUUUGACACUGCCCGAGGUAUUGCCUUUUCUGCUACGCAAUGAGAAUCUUCGUCAACCCGAUGCGAGAGCCAUCAGUUUGGGCAGUGGCUGUGGUUAUUGGAACUAUAAGACUUGGCUAAGUGAUGGCGUUACCACCAAUAACAAAUGGAAUGUGCUGCAUGAUCCACUUAUCGUCUGUUAUGCCCAUCAUUUGACACAGUUCUCAUUCUUAUUGGGUGCCAGCUAUAGUCAAAAGAACGAUCUUUUAAGUUCAGAAUCUUUACACUUUAAGAUUUUGGAUUAUAUUACCAUAAUCGGUUGCUUUCUCUCACUAAUCGGCCUAUUGGGCAUCUUCGUGAUGGCCUCGAUAUUUCGGAAAUUUCGCGAAUCGGCUUCAACCAAAGUACUUCUCCAUCUCUGUGCGGCCUUGACCCUUCAAAUGUUGCUCUUUAUCAUACUAAAUAUUGAUGAAUGGACUCGAAAUUUACGUAAUUUGAAUGGUUGUCUGUUUUUGGGAGCAUUGCUGCACUAUUCGGUCUUGGUUGUGUUUUUUUGGAUGCUAAUCAUAGCAUUUUUACAAUAUCAACGUUAUGUAACAGUUUUGGGUGCCCAACGACCACAACGUUACAUAUUAAUUAGUUCUCUAGUGGCUUGGAUUUUGCCAUUUUUGGCUAUACUCGCGCUAGUGCUAGUGUCACCUUCAUUAUAUAAAGCCCAUGACAAUGGAAGUCUAGUUACCAUCUGUUAUCCCUCGGGCAAGUAUUUGCUUUACUCUGUCAUAUUACCCAUAGUCGUGAUAACAUUUGCCAAUGGCUGGAUGGUAGGCUGCAUUAUCUAUAGCAUUCAUGGAACGGCUAGUCUAAAUGCCAAACGCCAAAGAAUUUUCCAAGAACUGAAACUCUUUGUGCUCUUAUUCUUUCUAUUGGGCUUAACCUGGAUCUUUGGCAUUUGCAAUUAUAUGCAAUUUGGCAUUACAUUCUCAUAUCUAUUCUGUCUGACGGCCACAUUGCAGGGCUUCGUCUUAUUCGUCUAUUUCUGUUUAAUUAACAAAACCAAUCGAAAGUUAUGGUUGACUCUUAUUGCGGGAUCUUCAAAAUAUUCUCAAAACGGAAAUCGUGCAGUUGACUCCAUGGAAAGUUCGUUUGUUAAGAAUAUUAGUCAUAUUUAA